UGGCCUUAAAAGCAGCUGGCUGUCGAGUAAGCGCUAGCAAUUUGAUCCAAGCAACAACAUGGCCAACACACUGAGGCAACACCUGGCGGUGCUCUUGAUCGCUGGCAUGGCUCUGCAGCUGUCGCACGCCUGGCUCUUGAAGCUGCCCAAGCUGGAGGAGCUGAGCGAGAAGCUGGAUGAUAAGCAGCAAAAGGAGGCGCUGAAAAAACUCGAUUUCCUCAAUCUGUUCGGCGCCAAGGAGGAGAAGAAGGCGGACGAGUGGGAGAAGAUCAAGGAGUGGUUCGAGGAUAAGAAACUCAAGCAGCUGGACCUCUUCGAGGCCCUCAAGGAGAAGGAGCUGGCCAAGAAGGAGAAGAUCGUCGAGAAACUGGAGGAGAAGAUCGAGAAGAAGGCCCACAAGAAGCCCAAGAAGCUGCCGCGCCCCACCACAGAGUGCGACCAUCAGUACUACGAGUACACGACCAAGCCCAGCUAUAGGCCCGAGCCCGAGGCGAAGUAUCCCGAGGAGGAGGAGGAGGAGGCCGAAGAGGAGGAGCCGGAGGAGGAGGUGGUGGUGGUUAAGAAGCCCAAAAAGCCCUGCAACUGUAAGGAGGAGGUAAAGUCCUACGGCUAUGUGCCCACAGCGUACGACGUGCGCGACGACGACGAAGAGGGCAUACGUUACUUUACAUAGAGACAGAAAGAGAGA